AUGGAAGCCCCACCUUUUCGAUUAAAUAAUCAUACUUCCAGUAAUAGUGUCGUUGUUGCCGAUGAAGAAAUUUACCAAGCGGUAGCCAUGAUGGCUAUUGUAAUCAUUAUUGGCACCAUCGGAAAUGCUCUUGUUAUCUCGGUACUUUGCAUCAAGAAUUCUUCUGGAAACUCUCGAUGGAAAAGAUAUCGUCGACAACAACGUAUCAGUGAAAUAAAUCAAGCUGAAAUGGGAGCCUUUGGUAGAGAUAAGACAUUGGACUUUUUUGUACUCGUCUUAGCUAUAUCUGAUCUAUUCGUUUGUGUUAUCAUCAUUCCUUCUACAAUUACAAUUGAGCUUUUUAAAUAUCGAAUAUCCAUUGACUUGCUUUGUAAGAUGUUCUAUGUAUUCCUUGUGGCCAAUACAACAUUCUCUUCUCUUUUAAUCUCAACAGUGGCACUUGAUCGUUAUCUCUUUAUAUGUCAUUCCUUGAAGCAUAUCCUAACUUUGAUUAGAGCGAAAGUUAUUGGGACAACUUUGGCUCUUUUCUCGCUCGGUGUGGGGAUUGCUGCGGGUUGUGCUGUUGGCAUAAAAACGGAAGACGAUGGAGAAGUCGUUCAGCAUAUCUGUGAUGAGAUUGAAUUCAUUGAUGGUAUUAGCCAUCUUCAAAGGAGACUCUCACGAGUUAUUAAGUACUUCAAUCAUGCAUGCUUCUUGGCAAGUAUCCUCAUCGUCAUUGUCCUUUAUUCACGUGUAUUUUGGGCAAUUGUUGUAACCCGUUCUCGCAGCCACAAACUCUCGGUUUCAGUUUCAAUUCAUCGACAAAGUGGAAAGAAAUCAGCAUAUGACAGCAAAUCCUCCAGCAAUGGUAAGGACUCUCGCCAUAGGAGAACCAGUAUUCCAUCAAGAUUUCGUCAGAAGGCCCAUUUUACUUUCCAGAAUCUUCGGUCUGCCAUUAUGCUCUUUGUUAUUGCCGUUGUCUAUAUCCUAACCUUCGUGACAUCUUUAAUCAUAGCAAAUGGAUGGAUAAAAAUGAACUUAGUACUCUUAUAUCUCUACUACAUUAACAGUGCUGCUAAUCCAUGUAUUUAUGCGAUAUUUACCCCGUCCUUUCGUCAGACCGUGGCCACACUUUUUCGCAGCUGCUGUUGUCAAAAGGACAGUAUAGAUCAGACCUCUGCAAUUGGUAGGGAUUCAAAACAUUCGGAUAGCGGUUCUCGUAAUAUAGUUCAAAACAGUCAAACUUGGAGUCACUCUCGUGGUAAAAUUUACACAAGGGACGAUCCAUUUCCAUUUAUUACCAGAGAACAGCGUAGAGCGGCAGUUAAGGAGGGAACCGCCACCAUAACAUCACUCUCGACGGAAUUGAAGUUGCAUGCAAGUAAUUCAUAA